UAGUUUAUGAAAACAUCAAACUCAUAAAAAUAAGAGUAAUAAUAAUUAGUAUUAAUCAUAAUAAUUAUUAUAUAUACCUAAUCACACACAAUUCAACAACAUCUCUUAAUCUCCCCCUUCAUUCCGACAUUCUCCGACGGUCAUAUCCUCAUUCCGACAUUCUCCGGCGGUCAUAUCCUCGUUCCGAUCACCGGCCAAUUGUUAUGCAUACCACAUUGUAACCGCCUCUUGUUCUUUCAGUUCAAAUUUCACAUUCAAAUUUCAAAGUUGCAAUUAGUUUAUAAUCAUUAAUGGUUGCUGAUCUGUCUUCUACCCCUACAACACCUAAACCUAAGGUGUUACCUCCGGCAUCGGCUCCGGCAAAACCUAAGCGUGUGCCACUAGUGGUGAGUGAUAACAAUAACAAUGGCGGUUCUCUACAACGCCGGCCGAAACCUAAAAAUGUUACUUCACGGUACUUAUCUUAUUCAAAUUCCGUUACCACUGCUACAAAGAGAUUUCCGUCACUGUCUCCGGCGACUAACCGUCGAGAUCAGUCCGUUGAAAUGUCAACAAGCGCGAAGAUGUUGACGAAAACGUCCGCACGAAGUUUAUCUGUUUCGUUUCAAGGUGAAUCUUUUGCGCUUCCGGUUAGUAAGGUCGGAAAACCGGCAACAAACGGUUUAAAAACCGGUACACCGGAACGGAAGAAAGCUCCGUCGACGGUUACUACAGGGAGAUCACGGCGGGAGAGUUUUAUGACGAUGAGUGUUGAUUUCACCGGAGAAAAGCCGGAAUUAAGUAAAUCAGAAACCGCCGGCGAAGUUAGGGUUUUACAAAAAUCUAUAACCGCUGAGACGAAAUUAGGUCAUAAUAAACCAGAAACUGUACGUGAAUGUGAUAAUCCGAAACUAACUAGAUCUAUAACCGCUGAGAUGAACUUAGAACAUAAUAAACCAGAAAUUGUACCUGAUUUUGAUAAUUCUGAUCAUACUGAUUCCGAUCCGGAGAGUAUUUCCUCCGGCAGCACUGUAGGUCAUGUUCGAGGAGGUCCUCGUGCUAUUGUGGUGCCGGCUAGGUUUUGGCAGGAAACGAUUAAUCUGCUACGCCGAGUGCAACCGCAACCGCAACGGAAACCAGUACCGGUUUCAUCACCACCGCCAUUGUUGAAGAAUAAUAAGAUGAGCUAUGGAUAUAAGGUUUUACAUGACGGCGCGAAGGUGGCACCGCGAGGAUCGUCAUUGUUGAAGAAUGAUAGCUUGGGGAACACGGUUUCGAUUUUGAGUUUUUGUGCGGAUGCGAAGAGAGGGAAGGUGGGGGAGAAGAAGCUUCUAGAUGCGCAUGUGUUGAGAGUGUUGCAUAACAAACAUAUGCAGUGGCGGUUUGCUAAUGCUAAAGUGGAUGCUGCCAUGGUGGUCCAGCGAGCAGCUGCUCAGAAAACUUUAUACAAUGCAUGGGUGACUAUUUCAAAGUUGUGGCAUUCUGUCAUAUCCAAACGACUCCAGUUGCAACAAUUGAAGCACAACUUAAAGUUGCACUCUCUACUCAAGAAACAAAUGUUGCAUUUAGACAAUUGGGAUAUAACUGAAAGAGAUUACUCUAUCUCCUUAGCUGAUGCUAUUAUGGCUCUGGAGUCAAGCUCUCUUUGUCUCCCAGUUAUAUCUGGUGCAAAGGCAGAUGUUCAAAAUUUGAAGGAUGCAAUUUGUUCAGCUGUUGAUGUGAUGCAGGAUAUGGCUGUCUCCAUAUACUCUUUAGUAACUAAGGUGGAAAAUGUGAAUUUCAUGGCAUCUGAACUCGCUAACGCUAUGAAAACCGAAUGUUCUUUGCUUGAUCAGUGCAAGGAUCUGUUAUCAACUUUGACACUCUUGGAGCAGGAUUGUAGCCUGAGAGCACACGCAUUACAACUCAUGCCUGUAGCCACAAUGACACAACGACCAGAGAUGAUGCCCUUUUGACUGCGCAAAUUACUAACCCGAUACUGGAAUUUAGACACGACCAAUUCCUGUAUAGACGAGGAAUAAGUUUUAGUAUUCCGCAUAUAUAUACAUAUAUCUUUUUCUUGUACAAAUUUUUAUUUUUUGGUACCGGGGGUACUUGGCAUGAUUUGAAGUGUUACAAAAUGAGGGCGGCUUAGGGACAUGUCCUAUGUAGACGCGUAUACAAACAUACAUAUGUAAGUCUAACGGCAUAACGAACUCAUGUGUUUUCAUGUAUGAAAUGCUAUGCAUAACUAUGUAGUGACUAGUGACCAUGACAUUUCAUGACGAAUGAAGUAUAUGACGGGAUUUUAUGAA